AUGGAGAUAAUUCAAGAUGAUCGUGGAAUUUUCUUAUCACAAGAAAAGUAUGCCAACAAACUCAUUGAGAAGUUUGGCAUGAAUGGAAGCAAGAGUGUAAGUUCUCCACUUACACCAAACGGCAAAAAGAUAGAAGAAGAUGGAGAGUACGGUGAACCAACAAAGUUCAGAAGCAUUGUUGGUGGUCUGUUGUAUAUUUGUGCAUCACGACCAGAUGUGAUGUUUGCAAGUUCUUAUCUCUCACGAUACAUGUCUGCGCCGCUCAUGAAGCAUUAUCAGGAAGCCAAGAGAGUCCUGAGAUACAUCAAAGGUACAUCAAACUUUGGAGUUUUAUUCACAAGUGUUGAAAGUCCAGAGUUGCUUGGCUACUCAGACAGCGAUUGGGGUGGUUCGGUUGAAGACAAAAAGAGUACAUCUGGGUAUGUUUUUACUCUUGGAUCAGGAAUGUUUAGUUGGCAGUCAAAUAAACAACAAACGGUGGCACAAUCAACAGCAGAAGCAGAGUACAUUGCGGUGUGUGCAGCAACAAAUCAAGCAAUCUGGUUGCAAAGGCUUCUCGAAGAACUUGGUUUCAAGUCUCAACAUGGUGUCCCGAUUUACUGCGAUAACAAGUCUGCAAUUGCAAUUGUAUUGCGAAGGAGAAGUUCAACUCGCAGAUCUUCUAACAAAGGCACUUGGCGGGUCAAGGUUGGUUUCAAGUCUCAACAUGGUGUCCCGAUUUACUGCGAUAACAAGUCUGCAAUUGCAAUUGGUAAGAAUCCUGUGCAACACAGAAGAACUAAGCAUAUAGAGAUCAAGUAUCACUUUGUUCGAGAGGCUGAACACAAAGGCUUGAUUCAACUCAAGUAUUGCGAAGGAGAAGUUCAACUCGCAGAUCUUCUAACAAAGGCACUUGGCGGGUCAAGGUUUGAAGAACUACGAAGGAAGCUUGGAGUGAGACCGAAACUCAAUUAA